GUCUGUGCUUUUAUCUCAUCUUUUCUUUGACGUUUGUAAAUAUUGUAGAUCACACGUGUUUUUAAAGUUAAGAACACGAAACAUCUAAAUUUCCCACGAAAAUGGGAAAAGGUAAAAAAAUAAAAUCUGCAAAAAAUGGCCCGAAAGUAACAUUAGAACAACAAAUUGAAGACGAACAGUUUGUGAAACCAAAAGAUAGAGUAAAAAUUCGAGAACGUCAAGAUGAAGAUGAAGAGUUCGUAGAUUCAAAAUUAUCGAAGAAAAUUUUAUCAGCAGCAAGGAAACAAAAGCGUGAAUUAGAAGAUGAAUUUGGACCGACACCUGCUGAAGCGUACGGUGGAGCGAAACGACAAAGAACAACGAAGUUAUCAGAUCCAACAGCAGAUUCAUCUGAUAACGAUGAAUCCGAAGCGGAAGAUACUUUAGAACCCGAUUCAUUUUAUGAAAAUAUAGAAAUCAAUGAAGAAGAUGAAAAAGCUUUGGAAUUAUUUAUGAGUGAAAAUCCUCAACCACGACGAACAUUAGCUGAUAUUAUUAUGGAAAAAAUUACUGAAAAACAAACAGAAUUACAAUCACAGUUUUCUGAUGCACAAUCAAUGCAAUUGCAAGAUAUUGAUCCAAGAGUAAAACAAAUGUAUGAAGGUGUACGUGACGUGCUACGAAAAUAUCGUUCAGGAAAAAUACCGAAAGCUUUCAAAAUUGUACCAAAUUUACGGAAUUGGGAACAAAUUUUAUUUAUAACAGAUCCACCUACAUGGUCAGCUGCAGCAAUGUACCAAGCAACCAGAAUAUUUGCAUCAAAUUUAAAAGAAAAAAUGGCUCAACGUUUUUAUAAUCUAGUUUUAUUACCUCGAAUUCGUGACGAUUUAGCUGAAUAUAAACGAUUAAAUUUUCAUUUAUAUCAAGCCUUACGUAAAGCCUUGUUUAAACCUGCUGCAUUUAUGAAAGGAAUAUUGUUACCUCUUCUUGAAAGUGGAAAUUGUACAUUACGUGAAGCAAUUAUUGUUGGUUCGGUAGUUGCACGUAAUUCUAUACCCAUGUUGCAUUCAUCAGCAUGUAUGUUAAAAAUUGCUGAAAUGGAUUAUACUGGAGCAAAUUCAAUAUUUUUACGAAUAUUUUUUGAUAAAAAAUACGCUUUACCAUACCGAGUUGUCGAUGCUGUUGUUUUUCAUUUCUUAAGAUUUGAACGUGAUUCUCGUGAAUUACCCGUUUUGUGGCAUCAAGCAUUUUUAACAUUUGUCCAACGAUACAAGAGUGAUAUUUCUGAAGAACAACGUGAUGCUUUGUUAGGUUUAUUACGUCAUCAAUCACAUCCUACCAUAACUCCAGAGAUUCGUCGAGAAUUACAACAUGCUAAAUGUCGUGAUGAGAUUGUUAUGGAAACAGAAGAAACAGAUAAUUCGUCGAAUCAACUUGUAAUUACUGGUGUUAUGUAAUAAAUAUUUAAAUAUAUUAUUUUUCGUUAUAUUUUCA